AUGCCACUUCUGAAUCUACCGAACGAGGUCCUCGGACAUAUCAGCCAAUAUCUGGAACAGGCAGACAUAUUUUCAUUGAUUCGAGUGAACCAAGAACUCCAUUCCAUUUUCUACGAGCAUCUGCUCCGACACAAUGUACGAUACCACAAGGCUACGGCUCUCACCUGGGCAGUUAUAGAAGGACAUUUGCCUCUUGCACGCAAACUGCUUGAACUCGGCGGAGACGUCAAUCGCCAAAUUGAUUUUCCAGGACGGACGACGCUCCUCCACCUUGCUUCUCCAAGGGGCAAUCUUCCCAUGGUGAAGUUGCUCUUCGAGAUGAGAGCUGAUCUUAAUCAAAGGGACGACAAAGGCCGAACGCCUCACUACCAGGCUCUGGUAUCAAGAAAUGAAGAGUUGAUUCGAGAAUUCUCCUCCAGGACAGAGAACCUGUCGCAAUUAGUCGUUGACGACUCACAGAACCAAACGUCUCUGCAUCUGGCUGCUAGGUUCUGGCUGACCGGCAUUAUCAGAUACUUUGUCGAGACUGGCAUCGAUAUUGACGCCACGGAUAAGGAGGGCAAGACACCCUUGGAUCUUGCCAAGAGAGCUCUGUGCACUGGAUACUGGCACCGCACCUCCGACGCUGCUGUCGAGGCCAUGAGACUCCUGGUGGUUCUAGGAGAAGAUCCCGCAGCCGCGAACUGGUUCAUAAAUUGCACCACUGUUGGGCCAAGACGGUAUGAGUGCAGACAUGGUGGUUUUGAUGACGAACCAGACAGCCAUGGGAUUCGAGCUUUGCGGUCGAAGUAG